ACCUGAGUGGAAUAAAAUAAAUGAACAGCAAAACGACAAACACACACGGUUGAGAUCGGGGAGGUGAGGCUCGAGAGGCAGCCACAGACAAGAGACAAGAGGACCACCAUGACAGCUCGGCUACAAAUGGGCAAAGCAUAAAUACACAAAAAGAUGCCAAAAAGAAGAAACACGAAGAAAAAACAAUUUCAAUCAUCAUGAUCAUAAUUAAAAGGCAACACACGCAUACAAACACAAAAAGCCAGCAUCCGACCCCGCAGCAGCAGCAGCAGCAGCAACAUAUGUUGCUGCCUGUUAGUGUUGCUGCUGCUGCUGCCUCUACGCCGCUGACUGUGCAACUUCGCACUUCAGAAUUAAAAACAAUUAGAGCGGGACAACGGGAAGCGAGAAAAGAAAAGAGACAGAGGAAACAGAGAUCGUGGGCGGAGUCAAGCAGUGUUAGAAAAUGAAGAGAGUAUCGGUGUACCGGUGCAAGAUUUUUCAAAAUGGAGGUGCCAACAAUGAGAGGGACAGCCAUAGCCAGAUGCCAUCUCGCCUUGGCAGCCAAUGGCUGCGAUCCGAUACUGAGCGACCAGCAGGCAGCAGGUAACCCCGAUCCAUGGCUCAAGAUCCAAACAAGUCAAGCUCGUUUCCAGCUCAAUCGGAGAGCUCUCCGCCGCCAAACGGAACUUGUUCAGUUGAAAUGCGAACUUGGCGAGAUCCAGACACGACCGUCGGCAAAAUAUACUCAAUAGAUCGAUCUGAAUCCGAUCCAUAACCAUAUAUGCACCACCCGCAUAAAUAUUAAAGUAACCCAGAUACGGCGGAACCACUUUGACACCAUCGUAAUCAAAUUAACACCCACGCACAUGAGAGACUUUUGUGAUUGCCGUGAUUUGCAUAAUUGACGCUAAUCAUCGGCAUCUCGUGCCCGCCACCGACACAAAAAAUACAAUAAAAAAAGGCUCGAACAGUUUCAGAAAUAGUCAAAACCCCAUCGGCGGAUCACAAUGCCAUAUGUUGUCGGGUAGUGCGCUCUGUGUGAUUAGUGUGUGUGCCAAAAGUGACAAAAGUUAAACAACAACCAAGAGUAAAUUUUUGUCAAAGUGUGAAGUACAGUAUAUAUUUAGAUUUCAACUCAAUAUGAUCACCAUGAAUGAGCUGGUUGAUCUGCGUAUGCAGCAGCACAUAGCGCACGAGAUCUAUCGCCAGCAGAUAAUGCAACGCAUACCAGAUCCUUUUCCUCCCAUGCUCCCCAUUCCAAUGCCCCGACACGUGAUCAUGCCACCCCGGGUAACUCUGCCCGGCGUGGAGAUGACCCUCCAAAACGACGAUCUUUGGAAGCAGUUCCAUCAAAUUGGCACGGAAAUGAUCAUCACCAAAAGCGGCAGACGCAUGUUUCCCUCGAUGCGAUUGAGUGUCUCUGGCUUGGAGGACGAAAGCAACUACUGCGUGCUCCUCGAGAUGGUCCCGAUUGGCGACUGCCGCUACAAGUUCUCCGGGUCCCAGUGGGUUCCGGCCGGUGGUGCCGAGCCCCAGAGCCCCCAACGCAUGUACCUGCAUCCGGAUAGUCCGGCAACAGGUGCCCAUUGGCAGGCGCAGCCCAUUCUUUUCAACAAGGUGAAGCUCACCAAUAACACUUUGGAUAACAGCGGGCAUAUCGUCCUGGCCAGCAUGCACAAGUAUCAGCCGCGUCUGCAUGUCAUACGCACCGCUGAUCUGGCGCAGAUUCCCUGGGCCCCCCAACAGGCCUUUGUGUUCGCCGAGACCGAGUUUGUGGCUGUGACGGCAUAUCAGAACGAUCGCAUCACCAAGCUGAAAAUCGACAACAAUCCGUUUGCGAAGGGCUUCCGCGAAACGGGUCAAUCGCGCUGCAAACGCAAGAUGUCUUCAUCGCCAACUGGCGAAGAUCAAGAUCAGUCCCAGACGCAGUCGCAGUCGCAAUCCCAAUCCGAGUCGGACAUGUCGCCGGUGAAGAGCAGCGAGGUAGCAGCAUCGACAACCACAACGACAACCGGAUCCAUUGACUUGGAUGGCCCGCAAAUUAAGCGACUGAGAUCAAAUGGCUCCGCCUGCUCCUUAUCGUCAUCGCUGGACGAUCACUCGAUGCCUGGCGCCAGUGCCUUGGCCUCCCUGGGAUCCCCGCCCUCGCAUCCGCUCCAUAAUCGGGUCUUCAUGCAACAGUUCCAGCAGAAUAUGCAGAGCUUGCUCCGGCCAUCGCUGGUGGAUCUGGCCUGUACUUACUUUGGCCGAGCCCACGAUUACGGCGGGGCAGUGCCAGCAGGGAUCCCAUAUCCCCCACCAGGAAUGUUGCCAGUACAUCCUGGCCUAGGACUGCCUCCGGGCGUUUCUCCUGGGGAGCCUGUAUUCGAUGAGUCGGGAGCGGAUGAACUGGAACUGGAUGUGGGCAGUGAGACGGCAACGGUGGAGACAGUGGAUCCGUCCUCCCAAGAACAGCCGCAGGAGCCAGCGCCAACAUCCAGAAGCAAGGGCUUCAGUAUAUCGGCCAUCUUAGGAGGAGGUAGUUAGGGAUUAAGGUUUAUUGAUUUAAGAUAUAAGAUAUAAGAUUCUAUAACCAUAAAGUACUCAUUUCGAUAUUAAACCAAUCAUAGCCUGAUUAGCUAGUAAGUUUAGAGCUUUAAGUUAAUGUCAGGAUAAUAAAACUAAACUGAAGAAGUA